GAGGAAAAUCCCUGAUCUGAUUGGGGGGAAAAACAAAACUUUUCCUGCAACUCGGUCAUAAAUUGGUUCCAAGUCAGCAUGAAUGAAUCCAUGAACCUUCAGACCUCCAAGAGAAGAUUAGAAGCAGCUUUAAGAAGCUGAUAAGGUUGUUGCAGGAUCAAAGUCUGCAGGGAUGAUCACCACUGAACAUUCACACUCCAGAUAAGAACUUUGCAUAGCCUAAAGCUCCAUCGGGGACUCCCUUUGCAUAUCCUGCAUCAAACUCUGCCCCUUUGUGCUGUCAGAGGGAGGGUGGACUUCAGGAGGAAGCCGCGCGCGCUCCAUGUGGACUCAGACGAGACUUCAGCGUCAGCCUCUGAGCUUCCUCUAUUUCUGACAUGCUCAUUUCAAAGGAGCCGCUUGUGUGAGCUUCACCAUCAUCAUCAUCGUUAUCACCAGACACCGAAUAAGGAGGACAAAAGUUGGAUUACUAUCGCACGUUUUGACUUGAACCAGCAAAAGCCAUGGCUUCGGUGUGGAAAAGGCUACAACGAGUCGGAAAAAAGGCUUCAAAGUUUCAGUUUGUUGCCUCGUAUCAGGAACUGGUUUUGGAAUGUACCAAGAAAUGGCAACCAGACAAGUUGAGAGUGGUGUGGACGAGAAGGAACAGACGCAUGUGUUCCAAGCUCCACAGCUGGCAGCCUGGAAUCAAGAACCCUUACAGAGGCAUGGUGGUGUGGCCCGUCCCGGAAAACAUCGACAUCUCUGUCACCCUCUUCAAGGAAGCCAAUGCUGAAGAGUUUGAGGACAAAGAAUGGACAUUUGUCAUAGAAGGGGAAAACAAAGGUCAUCGUAAAGUGCUGGCGUCUGCUGAUAUCAACCUGAAACGCUUCGCCAGCCCAACGCCAACCCAGACCGACCUGACGCUGAACCUCAAGCCCCUGUCAGUCAAGGUGGUGGAGGCCACACUCAAACUGUCGCUCUCUUGUGUGUUUGUUCGAGAGGGAAAAGCCACUGAUGAAGACAUGCAGAGCCUUGCCAGCCUCAUGAGCGUCAAACCCACAGAUAUCGGCAACCUGGACGACUUCAACGAGAGCGAUGAAGAGGAGGACAGGAAGUCUGUGACGGCAACAAUCGUUCCACACACACUUACCCGUCCAAACCGCCCCGCUCCCCCGCCUCCCGACCAGCGCCACUCUGCUGGAGCUUCUAUUUCUGCUUCAGUUCACUCCCGCCCUCCUCUGCCAAUCGCCCCUCGUCCCUCGCCACGGCGCUCCAGACAUCCCCUCGCCGCUGCCCCUGUCCAAUCAGACAUCCAGCCUUCCCCUGGCCCCUCCCCUCAGCCCUCGCCCAGGUCCAAGCAUAAAAAACCCUCCAUCCCUGCUCCCCCAGAGGCCUCUGCUGUGGCUGACUCCCAGACCGCUGUCGACGAGCCUGGUGUGCACCGCCCACCUGAUCACCUCGCCUCCACUUCACCUCCUUCAUCAGUGAUCUCCACUUACUAUCGAGAACCUCCAAAGUCGACCUCUAAUUUCCCCUCUGAUUCCCCCGAAUCAUUACCUCAACCUGCAACCUCAUCCUCUCAAACACCACAUGUGGCUGCAUCCACUCAUAAGUCCAUCUCCACGCCCUCCCAUCUGCCCCUUCCUAAACAUCCCUCCUCCCAAAAACCCGCCGUGUCCUCCGCUCAGCCCUCUCUCACGUGGGUCAUCUCUCAGCCUCCGUCUCUGCCCAGAAUCUUCCAGUCAGGUUCGGCUAAAGCUCCUGUCUCACACCAGCGAGGCCCCACAGACGUUCAGACUUCAGCUGAUUCUGCUUCACUCCUGGGGCAUUCACACGUUUUCCAACCUCAGGUGGUCAAAUCUGUAGCCCGCCCCACCUCUCCCUCCCCUCUGUCUGCUGGGGCCUCCCCUCUCCCCUCAGCACCACCUCUGGGUUUGUGGCUCCCCUCUGCUCCAUCUGGGGGCGACGUUGCCCCCGUCCCUCUGCUGAGUUCCCCAGAUCUCGAUUCUCUUUGUGACCCGGAGGCUCCCAUCUCCUCUGCCGGCCUUUCACUCCCUUCUUCUUCUCUUUCCAAACCUGGUUUGAUCUCCUCCCUUCGUACUGUCGCUCCUCCUUCUGCUCCACCUGCUCAGAGCAUCUCCCCUCAGUCUGGGCCAGCAUUCUCUCUUCCUCCGGUGGAUGAAGAAACACCUAUUAGCCCCCAGAAAAACCAAACAGCGGAGAAAAGCCGAAUAUCUGACCCUGCAGUUCAAGAUUUGAAGAUGGGCAAAGAAAAAAGCAAAGGAAAGAUCAGUCCCGCCCUCUCCCGCUCAGAGCUGAUCAUAGCCCCGCCUCCUCCUUGGCCGUUCUCCUCCACCUCUGAGCUGUCCUCCACCAGUGUCGUAGCAGCAUUUAUCACCCCGAAGCAGCCGCGGGCUGAGGGGAAAACCGGUUUGAAAAUGUCAGCUUCGAACCCCUUUAGGAGCGACCUGACAGAGGCGGAAUUUGCCGCUAAUGAGCCGCUUAGCUGGGGGCAGAAAUCAGGGGGCUUUUUUAUGGAGGAGGAUAAUUCUAUCAAAAUUCUUGAACAGAAAACUUGUGAAAAGACAGACGGAGAAAAGCCCUCCGUGACAGAACAGGUAGCAAUGGUGACGGUGCAGGACAAACAAGAGGAAGAGGAGAGGAGGAAGCUGGUGGAAGAGGAGAAGAGGAGGCUUUUGCAGGAAGCAGAAGAGGACAAGAGGGAGAAGGAGAGAAGGAAGCAGGAAGAAGAAAGACUUAUAAAGGAGAAGAGAGAUAAAGAAAAGAGAGAGGAGGACAGAAGGCAACAAGAGCGAGAGAGAAAGCUCCAGGAGGAAGAAAAAGAGAAACUUCAAAUGGAAGAGGAAAAAAGGCUUGAGAGGGAGAGAUUCAAGAAGAAGAUGGAAGAGGAGGAGGAACGGAUGAUUGAGGAGAGGAGAGAGCAAAGGAGGAGAAGGGAGGAGGAGAAGAUGAAACAGUUGGAGGAGGAAGAAAAGAAACAGAAAAUAAAGGAGGAGGAACGACUAAAAGAGGAGGCAGAGAGAGAAAAGAACAGGAAAGAAGAGGAAAAGAGGAAAAAGGCCGAAGAGGAGAAGAAACGUCUCCAAGAGGAAGAGGAGAGAAAAAGGAGAAAACUGGAAGAAAUGGAAAAAAGAGCAAAGGAAGAGUUUGAAAAGGAAAAACUCUUACAGGAACAACGAGAGAAGAUGGAGAAAAGAAAAAAAGAGGAGACAAAACAAUUACAAGAGGAGCAGAUCAAACUAGAGGUAAACGAAGGGGAUGAGGAAAUUAGGCAAGAAAACAAGAACACAAAAGCAGAAAAGAUGUCUCUCCUGAAGGAGGAGAUGCAGGAGGAGCUGGAGAGAGAAGAUCAGCUCUGUGGGAAGGAGUUCAACCAGUCAGAUGAGGACAAGAUGAGAAGUUCAGCUCCUUUCCUCCUGAAAUUCUCCCACUCACCUUCAAAUGAAAAAACACAACUUUCUGCCCCACACUCCCCUCUGCUGGAUGAAACCGGUAUUACAGCCGAGCAUCUGCCUGCACAAACUCCUGACAGACAGACGUCCAGUCCAUCAACGACUAAACCGAGCUCCACCUCAGACGAGUGUCUGAGCCCUUCUUCUCCCUCCCUGUCAAAUAUUGAUAAACCUGAAAUGAAAAUUGGCCCCGCUGCUCAGAUUAAACCCGUAACUGUGGAGGUCUUGACCCCGCUGACACCUCCACAGACCCCGUCUGAGGCAGAGGUUCCUCUUUGGAAAAUGCUAGAACAGAGAAAAAAUGAAACCGUCUCUGCCAAGGAGAGUGCAAAACCUUUGUGCAGAGGUUUACAUGAAGAAGCCGAAGUGGACACCCAUGAGCGGGAGCAGCGUCAAACUGUGAAAGAUUCCGUCCCACAAGUAUCUCAGCCUCGUUCACCGUCACCUCCAGGGGAGCCCGGGGAGCCCACUCAACCAUCUGGUGAGCAAACAGCUCUGCCGCUGGAAUCAGGCCUGCAGGAAGCAAAAGAGCAACAGGAGGAAGCUAAGGAUCCAACGGACACAUUGUUGGAGAGUUUGGUGAUCAGCGAGGAGCCGGCAUGCCAGGCCGAGCAGCAGCUGUGGGCAGCUGUGGAGGAGACCACAGCAGAGACAGGAGAAAGCACUGAAAGCCCCAAACAGGAACAGAAAAAGGAGGAGGGUAUAGAAGGGGGUGCCCAAACAUGUGCACACACAGAGGAGGAUGUGAGCGCUGCAGAGCAGCAGGAGGUGUCGUCUCCUGGGUUCAUGUCAGCCAUGGUGGGGGUGUUGUACAGGGGCUACGAGACAGUGGCCUCCUUACUGCACACGAGUAAAGCAGAUCAACUGCAGGCCUCCCCAGAACAAGAACUCCUGCUGACAGAUAAUGAAGACCAGCCAUGUUUGUAUGGAGAUGAUGAGCCCGUGUGUGCCGCAGAUGUGGGCAUGUCGCCACCCACAGUCCUUCCUGAAACAACAGAACAGAUGCUAUCCGGAACCGAUUUGUCUACACAACCGCAUGGAACAAGCGAACUGACUUUUGUAGAGAGUCUACGACAGGCUGCCAUUGAACAGGAAAAAAACAGAGAGCAGGUAGAAGACAAUACAGAUGAAGGAAAAACAGGGAUGAAAGGAAGUCAAAAGGAAGAGAGCAAGGAGGAGGAGCGAAAUAAGGAAGAAACAAUCAGGACAGACGAUGAAGAGAGGAAGGUAAAAGCAAACUUUUUAAAAGAAGACACACAGACGAAGGAAAAAGGGAGUCUAGAUACAGAAGAUGAGGAAAGGAAAGAUGAAGAAAUAAUUGUGGGGAAAGAGAAUGAAAAAGAGGAAAACAAGAAUCUAAAUAAGGAAGAAAAAGAGAAAAAUGAAGAGGAAAGACUAGUGAAGGAAAAUGAAGAGACACUAGAAAAAGAACAACUUAAUAAAGAAGAACAUGGAAGGAAGAACAAAGAAAGACUUGAAAGGGAAGAGGAGGAGGGGCUGGAAAGAGAAAGACUUGAAAGGGAAGAAGAGAAAAGGAAAGAAAGAGAAAAUGAAGAGACACUAGAAAAAGAACAACUUAAUAAAGAAGAACAUGGAAGGAAGAACAAAGAGAGACUUGAAAGGGAAGAGGAGGAGAGAAAGGAAAGAGAAAGACUUGAAAGGGAAGAGGAGGAGAGGUUGGAAAGAGAAGAACAGGAGAGAGAGGAAAGAGAAAGACUUGAAAGAGAAGAAGAGAAGAGGAAAGAAAGAGAAAGACUUAAAAGGGAAGAGGAGGAGAGACUGGAAAGAGAAAGACUUGAAAGGGAAGAGGAGGAGAGGCUGGGAAGAGAGAGACUUGAAAGGGAAGAGGAGGAGAGGCUGGAAAAAGAGAGACUUGAAAGGGAAGAGGAGGAGAGGUUGGAAAGAGAAGAACAGGAGAGGAAGGAAAGAGAAAGACUUGAAAGAGAAGAAGAGAAGAGGAAAGAAAGAGAAAGACUUGAAAGGGAAGAGGAGGAGAGGCUGGAAAGAGAAAGACUUGAAAGGGAAGAGGAGGAGAGGAAGGAAAGAGAAAGACUUGAAAGGGAAGAGGAGGAGAGGAAGGAAAGAGAAAGACUUGAAAGGGUAGAACGGGAAAGGAAGGAAAGAGAAAGACUUGAAAGGGAAGAGGAGGAGAGGCUGGAAAGAGAAAGACUUGAAAGGGAAGAGGAGGAGAGGAAGGGAAGAGAAAGAGUUGAAAGGGAAGAGGAGGAGAAGAAGGAAAGAGAAAGACUUGAAAGGGAAGAGGAGGAGAAGAAGGAAAGAGAAAGACUUGAAAGGGAAGAGGAGGAGAGGAAGGUGGGAAAAGAUCAACUAGAGAGGAAAAAGAAGGAGAACAUAGAUAAGGACAGACUGGAGCAAGAUAGAGGGAUGUUGGGAAAAGAUUAUCCUGAUCCGGUAUCUACUCACCAGGAGAAAAUGGAAACCAACGAGGCUAAAACUCAGACUGAAGAAGAGGAAAAUCAAAAGGAGGAAGAAGCAGGAAAGAGGACAGCGCUGGAAGCUGAAAUGAUCUCAGAAGAAAGGAGGAAGUCUCCUUCCGAACUCCCUCUGCUGAGUGAACAAACAGUAGCUGAAGGCUUUCAAACAGAUGAAAUUGCUUUUGAUGAAAUGAAGGCGAGCAGGAAUGAACCAUUGAGCUCAGUCACACCUCUAGCUGGACCUGAAGCCAAAACUCAGAAACCAGUCCAAAGAUCCAGUCAUGAAGACAGCAGUAUCCCUGUAUGGCUGAGAGAAGAAGAAGUGGAAGUAGAGUAUGAAAGAGGACAGGAGGAUCUGGGCUCCAUCUGGCUGGCGGAAUUGUACAUGGAUGUGGGAGCAGGCCCAAGCAGCCAGUCUCCAGCUGGAGCCCAAAGGCUGUCUUCAGCCCCCUGCAGUGAACAAACUCUCAAGCAAAUCUCUGAUGCCAGUCAGCCAAACACGCCCGAGCUUCCUGUAAUUCAUCAGGCAGACGACUCACAUCCUACACAUAUGCUUGUGCCUGACAAGGAAGAACUUUCAACAACUAUCAAAGAUUACAAUGAUGUUAACACCACCUCACAUUCUCUUGAAAUCCACCCAAACAAGGACAUAAACACCAUGGACAAUGAUCAUCCACAGAUGGUCGAUUUUCACUGUAGUCUCACCAAAGAGCAGCAGCUCAGAGAAGAAGAACGCUUCCUGCUGCUGAAAAUUCACCAAAUGUCGAGCGACACAUCCCCUCACUCCGCCCCUCGAAGUAUGAAGAGACUCAUUCCAACUCCUGGUGAUAUAGACUAUGAUGAUGCAGAGCCCAGAAGCCAAUCAAACAUCCCCACCACUCAUUGUGAUCAGAGUCAGCAAUCUAUUGCUGCUUGCUUUGAUCUCCUGCAGGAAAUAUCCCUAAAUGAGGCAGAAGAGUCUCUGGAAGAGAAGCAAGUGGCCAAACACCAACAAUCCGAUCUUCCUGAUGGUGGAGGAAUGAAGCCGCCUGCUAUCACCACCAUCACGUCCCAUUGUGAGAUCAAUACAUCUCGGCUUCCUACGUUAGAAGAGGAGGAACCUCCAGAUUUCGAGAAUUCUACUCCUGUGCAGGUGAUCCAGGAGGAGACUGCUGAUACAGCUGAGGACUUGGUAACCUCGAGUCAGUCGCUGCUGCAGUGGUGUCAGAGCGUCACCAGUGGGUACCGGGGGGUAAAGGUCACAAACUUCAGCACGUCCUGGAGAAAUGGGCUGGCCUUCUGUGCCAUCCUGCACCACUUCCACCCAGACAAAAUAGCUUUUGACCAGCUGGACUCUCAUGACAUCAAACUCAACAAUAAGAAGGCUUUCGAUGGGUUUGAAGCCCUGGGUAUCUCUCGUCUGAUGGAGCCGUCCGACAUGGUCCUCCUGUCCAUCCCUGACAGACUCAUCGUUAUGACGUACCUCAGCCAGAUCCGAUCCCACUUCACCAACCAGGAGCUGAGCGUCCUGCAGAUAGAGCAAAACAGCAGCGAGUCCAGUUACGGUCUGGCCCUCUCUGGUCCGGCGCCCACCAACGUCGAUGCUGCCGCUUUCUGCAUGGCUAGACUGAAUGAAGGUGUGAGCCUGGAGGAAGGGGGAAGCAGCACCCUCGUUGUCCCACCACCACGAAGCAAGCGCGUGCCUAAAGGGGAGGAGUCACUAGCUCCAGUACCACCCCCAAGGUCUAUCAACAGAGUAGCAAAAGGUGCACAAGCUCAGGAUGGAGAAGCAAAGAGCAGUUCUUCAGAAAACACUAACAGAGAUGUGCAGAGUUCAGCUGAGACUCCGACUCAUAAACAAGAAGAAGAGACGAUGUGUCUGCAGGACACCAGCCAGUAUGUGCUGAGCGAGCUCGCAGCUUUGGAGGUGGAGCAGAAUCACAUUGACAGCAGAGCCGCAGUGGUGGAGAGGCGACUGCGGAGCCUUAUGGAGACAGGAAGUGACCGAGAUGAAGAGGAAAGACUGAUCCAGGAGUGGUUCACUUUGGUGAACAAGAAGAACGCUUUGAUACGCAGACAGGAUAACCUGGAGCUAUUACAAGAAGAGCACGAUCUGGAGAGGAGGUUUGAGCUUCUGAACAGAGAGCUGCGGGUCAUAAUGGGCAUAGAAGACUGGCAGAAGUCCCCCACCCAGCAGCAGAGAGAACAGCUUCUCCUCCAAGAACUGGUGUCACUCGUCAACCAACGGGACGAAAUCAUCAGAGACAUUGAUGCAAAAGAAAGAGGAGCCGUGGAGGAAGACGAGCGCCUGGAGCGAGGUCUAGAAAUGAGGAGGAGAAAGUACAGCAGCAACAAAGAAAAAUGCGUGUUACAGUAGUGACGAGGUCAAGCUUUUAGGGUGUCAUAGAAAUUUCAGAGAAAUACUUUUUAGAAAUGUAGAAAGUGUUUUAUUGCUUUCCAUGAACAUUUUCAGAGUGCCUUUUAUCUCCCAAAGAAAACAAAGCCUGACACUGCAAUGUGUGCUUUAAAAAAAGAUAUAUUAUUUUAAGUUUUUCUCAGUGUAGUUUGAUGCUAAUUAUCCAUUUUUAUUUAUUGAAAAAAUGUGAUUUUGUCACAUUUAUUGCACUUUUAUAGUUUGUGUGUUUUGUUAGGACAUACAUCAGUAUUCAAACACUGGUAUCUUCUUGCCUUCAGGAGUGAUAGUGAUAAGUCGGCGUGAAAAUCAAACUCAUCCUAAAAAUGCCUUUAUCAGAAACAGUUUACAGUCACUCAUGCUCACCCCUCAUUCACAGAUUACUUUCAUUUUACUGUAAAAACUGGGCCUAAAUAAUAAUUACAAAUUUUAUGAUGUAAAAUAUAAUUGAAUUCAUUGAAUGUAGUAUGCAGCAAAAUGCAAGAUUCCAAAUUCAGGAUGAUCGGUUUUGUUUUAUUGUGAAAAUAUUCAGAAAAUUGACUGACUGAUGCUGUACUGAGUGUUCUUCUUUCAGGCUUUCUUUCAGUUAAGUUACUUGAACCCGUCUGCUGCCUUUCAGUAGGUCAUGUUCACAUCUACUGAGUUGAGAAAAAUAAAAGUGUUUCUUUGUUUUGUGUUUUAACUGACAGCAUGUUUUUGAUGAGUGCUCCCAUAGACGCAGUGUAAACUGCUUAUGUUGUUUCUAUAUUUCUGAGAGCGUAUUGAUGUGUGAAACCAAAUAAAUUAGUUUGAUUAAUAAUUUA